AAAGUGGUGGGGCCUAGACGAUAGUCCAUGCCUCGUGGUCCGGUCGCCUUUCAGUGUCGACUGUUCUCCUCGUCCGGGAUAAGCUUUCGUUCCUUUACGACUUGCUGCCUUUGGAGUCCGAACGCUAAUCAAGAUUACGCCGUGGAUCUUUGCUGAGCAUCGGGUCUUCGUUCGAGCAUUAACCGAGAACUCUAACGAACGUUCGUCCGAUUACCUCGGAGCAGAGGAUAAGAACAUUCAUUCAACUCUGUUAAUUCGAUACCCUGGGCUGCGGAGUCUUCGCGAUCGUUUCAUUAUCGCGCGAUACGCGGAUGUCACUGGCCACGAGGUUCAGCAGCGAAAAAGCACAGGUGAUAGUCGUUUCUUGGGCUCCUGUGAUGUAAACAUUAGUGUAGUUGGACAUCGAUCGCGAGGAAUCUGAUCAGAAUCGAUCGUUUGCCACGUGUUUCGCUAAUCCCAGGUGAUCCUGGAUCACACUCCUAUAUAAGGAAGUUGUCUCUUUUCGCACGAACAGUAACCAACGCACAUGACGAUGGAGGAGUCCCAGGGAUACGAAGAUCAAAACAUAUAUAAGACACGCUCACCAUGCAGCCUGCGAAAACUGAGAGACAUGGUGCCAGCGCGGGUGGUGCUGUAUAUGCUGUCGUUUUCGGGAUUCACUGUCUCGUUCAUGAUGAGGAACGACAUCAACAUCGCCAUGGUGGCGAUGGUGAAACCGCCACCGCCCUCAUCCAACGACAGUAUGAUCCCGGAGACUUCUCAGUAUUGUUACGUGACAUCGAAUGCAUCGUACGCAAACAACAACACAUUGAUCAGAUAUGAGGAUCAAGGGGAGUUCGAAUGGAACCCGACGAUACAAUCCGCGAUCAGCGGUUCGUUUUAUUGGUGCUACAUAUUGUCGCAAGUGGUCGGGGGCGUGCUGACCCAAUAUUUCGGCACCAAGACGGUUUUCGGCGGCUCUCAGCUCAUUACGGCGAUCUGCAGCCUGUUGAUGCCGACCGCCGCGGGGAUUCAUUACGGCGCCAUGAUUGCUCUGCGUAGCAUACAGGGCAUUGCCAGUGGACUCACGUGGCCAGCAAUGUACGCUAUCGUCGGGCACUGGAUACCCCCUGUGGAACGUUCGCGUUUCAUGUCUUCCUUCCAAGGGUUCAGCUUCGGCAUCGGGAUAACCUAUCCACUGUGCGGAUUCAUCAUCGCUCACUUCGGUUGGAGAGUGGUCUUCUACACGACAGGCAGUAUCGGAGUGCUCUGGUGCCUUUUCUGGUACUUCUACGCCUUCGAUACGCCCGCCGCGCAUCCGAGAAUAUCACAACAGGAGCUACGGUAUAUCCAAGAAAGUGUUGGGAACCAAGUUCUUGGAACGAACGAGAACAUGCCAGUUCCGUGGAGGUACAUUCUCACGUCGUGGGCAGCCUGGUCGAUCGGGAUCACUACGUUCGGAAGGAUAUGGGUGCAUUACAUCUUCAUCAUCUCUGGACCAAUGUACAUGAAGACGGUUCUGGGAUUCAGUAUUCAAGCGAACGGGGUCCUGUCCGGUUUGCCGUUCAUCUGCAGCUACUUCAGCUCCGUUUUGUUUUGCUACGUGGCCGACGUCCUUGUCACGCGACAGAUUCUCUCGCUGACGAACGUUCGCAAGUUGUUCACCGCCGCUUCGCAAGUAGUGCCUGGUAUACUACUGGUGGUGAUCGGCUAUUUAGGCUGUGACAUCAUACUCGUUCUAGUGGUGUGGUUCAUAGCCGUUACCCUUAUCACUGCUGCCUAUGCAGGGGCAAUGGCAAGCAUCGUUGAUAUCGCGCCAAAUUUCGCUGGACCGAUAUUGGCGUUCGCGCAGACAAUCCACAUGACCGCGAGUUUCUUGUCUCCGGUUGUAGCUGGUCUACUCACACAGAAAAGCCAAGCCCUCGACGCAUGGAGGCAAGUGUUUGGCGUGACCGCGUGCGUCGCGUGCGGCACGUACGUUGUUUAUCAGAUAUUUGGCACGGGCGACAUCCAAGCGUGGAACUAUCCCGACCAAAAGUAUCCGCAAUCGUUUCAAGAGGACUCCCAGCCUUUGAACGAGUUGCCCCACAAAAACGGGAAGAUCGUUAAGAGCCGUUCGGACGUUCUCGACGAAGCGUAACACAUUCGAACGCGACGAAUAGCGCGAAACGUACGAGUUGUGAUUUGUGCGGGAACUAAUUGGCCUCGAGCCGCGAGGAGCCAGCCUCUGUAUAUAGGAAACAUUUAUUUUUUCGUAACGUCCCUGUAUCUAUGUAAAUAGACCCGUAGUCCACGUGGGAGAAGCACUAUAGAAGCCAGGGUAUGUAUAUUGCAACGUUGAAAUAACACUUUUACGAGGUUUUCCUUAUCGCGUUACGUAAUUCUCGCAAAGUUGCAUUCGAGGUGGAAGCACAAAUACUCGCAGCGCUAAUUUCUAGGUUCGAGCUAUGAUCUUUAACGACCAUGUGUUCGCGUAUAUUCUCUGUGAUCAAAACCUUUUUCUUACGCGUCGAGACCUUAGCCGUUUAUAGUCGGAACAAAAUCUGUUUGGCUGCGCAAGGUCGCUGUCCCCUCCACGCGGUCUGAUUACCUCCCCCACUCUGUCCAAUCUCCUGUCGCAAGAGCGAUCUUGAGCGGCUGAUUCGCUUUGUUCCAAACGUAGAACAUGUUCGUAAAAUAAAUGGUUCUCGUAAACGAGAGCAACCGUUUCCAAAACCAACAGAGGCACGCGCAGUUCUUGUUCAAGUUAAAAUAUUUUCUAUCGCGAAAGGGUCAAUUUAAAUUGUUGCGAACAGAAGACUGAUCGAUGCUUUUUCCCCUUCCCCGGCAACGAAAGGUUGCUAAAACGUUUAGGAACCGUUGCUUCGCGCUAUUAUGUUCGAAGAGCUUGUGCGUGUUUGAGUUAGAAAUUGAUUAUGACUUGAUACGUGAAAUUCGUAUUUCUUGUUUCUUUCGAGGGUGUCAGCACACACUCCAGAGGGUUUCGUGUUUUUGGCUCGAAGAACGUUCUCGGUGACUUGUAAUCAAGAAUGUCUCUACAGCUUUGCCGGCGAUACUUUUAUCAAUCUGUUGCAUACGCCGUGCGAAAAGAGAGGUUGAUGCGAAUUUUACAUUGUCUGUACUUAAGACAUGUUGCACCUCUACAAACGUCAAAUACGUCAUAGAAAGUGGGUAAAGUACAAUGUACAAAAACAAAAAGCAGAUAGAGAAGUUAUACUAUACUGAUUAGUGCCUUACAUUAGGCAGUUCUCGAUCAUUUCUACCUUUAUUUUACAAAAGAGAUCUGAUACAAAACUGUUGAGUGCACAUAACCUACUUAUUUAGUACUUAAUACUUUCGUUGUUCCACCGUUAAUUCGAUCGUAACUUACUAGUCACUAUUCGUCUCGAAGGUAAACACAAAUUUGCAAAAGAUAAUAAAUGUUCGAUAGGAAACGUUUCGUUCUCUCUGGAGCUAUCUCUCUCUCUCUCUUUUAUUAACUUGAAACUUAAUGAUUCCAUUCGUAAGAUACACAAAGUUAAGAAAUGAUCCUUGCAAGUAUUGUAAUUUUAAUUAUUUUUAUACUGGCCCCGUUUAGAUACUAUAACGAUAAGCCACGUUGUUCUCUUUGUUCGUUAUUUAUAAGCGAGUACUUUGUUAUACGCGAAUACUUAACAGACUAUAGAAAAUGAAUUAUAAACAAAUGUUAGGAUUAAUACUGUAAUACAAAACUAAAUAAAAAUAAUUCCUCACAUUAUUACGCGUA